AUGUGCGCUGCUUGGUGGUCAUGUGGAAAGAUACCUCAGUUUUUUAUGGAAAAUGAUGGUAGCGAGAGGCUUUUGUCUCUUGAACAAGUUUUGCGGGGAGAUUUUGAAGGGGAUCUUCAGUACCACGAAGGUGUGGCUAACGACCAAGUCGUCUCCCAACGUCGGUCUGCUGCUGUGGAUGCCUCUUUUAAGGAGGAUGUCGAUGGUAGUACUAUUGGCCAGCUUUUGUGUUGGAAAAGCGACAUCGAUCCUCUGCUCGCUAAGUCACCCAUUUUUAUUGAGAUUACUGAUAGUGAUGACCCACAAGCAAUGGAGACGAUGGGUUUGUGCCGGUUGGGAGAACCAGGUCUUGUGGGCACUCGCUCCGUCCCGCCCUCGGUUUUAGGUGAUGCCCCAUCGGCAGCGGGUCCUUCGUCUUUAGGUGCUCCUGGUGUGUAUCUCCCGGGGUGGAACCUUAUGCCCGAUUCCCUUUUAUCGAAACAGGGUCCCGCCCAGAUCGAUGAGAUUACGGAGAAGGUUUGGUUUCUCGAAGAGGAGCAACGUAAGUUCGAUGAACUCUACCCCAUGCUGUCUGGGGAGAAAACUUUUAUAGAAGCUCAGGUGGCGACUCCGGAUGGGGAGUUCGCUACUAAGGUAUCGAGGAGGAAAGCCUUGGAGGCCGAUAUAGCUUGGGUUCUUCAAAAAGGGGUGCUUCCUAUGGUGUACCGUGUUGUCGAGAGCAACGAGUUCGUGAUUGGUAUUCAUCGUGUGAAGGUUGCUCCGGGAUCGUCUGAUCCAGAUGUUGUGGCACGGUCUGUCGAUGCAAUGCAUGCUGCCAUCAGGGCUUUUGUCGAGACGGAGUUCAUGUCCUAUCUCCGUUUGGGCGAGCUCGGUCUUGCUGAUCUUUGCCAACUAUGCUCUAAAGAGGAGGAACUCGUUUCAGACAAUGGUGUUGAGGGCACUGCCUCGACUUAA